AAAUGUCAAACAGCUGCCAACCGUGUCAGUCCAUGACAGCAGUCGACCCUUCGCCACCGAUAUUUAUCGUGUGAAAUGUCUUUUCGUCGCAGUUAUCCCGACCCUUGUUGUCGAGAGAGGAAGGAGCACGCUCCCGUACCUAUCGGGGUCUUUAAAAUGAAGCUUUUGAUAUUGACGAUUGUUCUUCAGGCGGCGUGGGUGCACACCAAUGACCCACCAGUGCCCGGUGGCUACAUCUCAGUCCCCGUGGACCGAGACGACGUCCAAGAAAUGGCUCGGUUUGCUGAGCCGCACCUGCAGAGUGAAAUCGCGCACCACGGGUACUUCUUACUGGAGACGGUCGACAAGGCUGAGACUCAGGUCGUCGCCGGAACAAAUUACCGACUUACUCUGACGCUGGCCAAACUGCUGUGGCCUAUGAAGGCCUCCGUGGAAUGCAACGUGAUCGUCUUCGACCAGUCUUGGACCAACACUCGGCGCGUCACGUCCAAAUCCUGCGGCCCCAUCCAGUUCAGAGCAAUCUGAGGGUUUGGGCACAGCCUGAGAGUGUCUGUCGUUCUGUGAAAAAUAAUAUGAUAACUAACCCUGCACUGGAUAAUCAUACAAACGAACUAUAUCUUAAUACAUAAAUUGGAAAAACAAAUCUAUUCAUUUAUUACUAUGUAUACCUGAUCUCAAAGUAGGACACAACUGUGCUUAUAUAAAACUAUAUAACCUAAAGAGCUUACAUGCGGUUACUGCAACGGACGAGCGGCAGGCUUAUUUACUAAAAUGCCAUGCAAAAUGCCAUCAUUCACAUCUGCGUAUUUGUACAGUGUUACGGUGGAAUUAGUCAAACAUUUACGAGCACAAACACAGCUCGCCAGCUAAACACUCACUUUUCUGUUAUUGUAACUCUACCAAGUCCAUUGCCAGGCAAAACAGUAGUACCUAUAGCAUAUCAGGGACAUGUCGCGGCACAAUGUAAAACCUCUGUAGCUUUACCUCUAUUUGGUAACGUCCACAUAUGAUGUAUUACCUCUGCACUACCUGGUGCAUGCUGACUGCUGAGUUAUCAUGGGUCCGGGUUUUAGCUGUCUCUCGGGUAGAGGGCAUCAGAUAGCAGUACACUGGUCAUCAGUCAGUACAUUCCCGACCAAUGUAUGUAGUUGUACCGGCCGGCCGCUAAACCCGUGCCCGACGCCUUCUACAGUUCGGGCGAUCAUUUGUCUCCAGAUCGCAGCUGCUGGGUGACUUCCGGUCACUUUCAAUUGUCUUCUGGUCACUUCCGGCUAGUCUCUCUGUCACUUUGAUUCACCAGUGCUCCCCAGCCGUUCUUG